AUGAACACCUAAAAACUUCCCCAUUUGUCGUCGCCUAAGCGGCCUCAAACAAAAGCAAAGGCCAAGUCAAUCACCAUGAAUUUAACAAUCAAAGAUUCUCUAUAAGAAAUUUCAACAUUUCGAACGACAACUUAGAGCAGAUCAAACAUUUAAUUAUCUCAGACUGACCGAUUAAAAACAUACUCCGAUGUUUCCUAUCUCAAUUUUCGAAGUGUAACUAAUAAACAGUCUUCUGUCUCUUCUCCAAAAAUACCAUUAAGUAAUAUUGCUCGAGAUCCAUAAUUAUACGAAUUCCACAGUUAAGCUAAUAGAACAAACAUCUACACAUCUAUUAUUAAGGAAAACGUAAAAGGAACCUUUAUAGACAAUCCUGCUGAAUUAAAAAUAUAUGAUAAAACAAUCGAUUUUUCACCCUUACUCCAAAACAUCAAGAUACAUUAAUUUAAAUAUUACCUUCAGUCGAUUUUACAAUAGGAGUGCAAAACUAUCUUUGAUACCAAAUGUCCUCCAAAUAGGCAGCAAGCUAUUGAUCUCUUAUUGUGGUUUGAUAAAAUGAUUCAAACUUUAAAGACUGACAAUUUGCGAUUAAUAACCGAUUUAACAAAUUAAUUGCAAUAAGUUUAUUAAACUUGCAUCCACGAAUUGGCUAGACAAAUAUCAUACGAAUGCAAAGAAAGAGGAACAUUGUUAUUAAUUAUUUGGAAUUCCUUUGUCUCCUUUAUAGAAAUGCUCAUCUAAAAUGUCGCCAUGAAUUUCGAUGAAAUGGAAGCCCAAUCAAUAGACACAGUUCAUAGGAUUCAAAAGACCCAUCAAACAUUUGUCCAAUAAUUGCAAUAAGAGAUCUGUUAAUUAAAACAAUAAAUAGAAUAAUUGGAAUCAGAGAAGUCAGAAUUGAACGAUAAAAAUAUAUAUUUGGCUAAAAAAAAUCUCUAGUUGACUAAUGAGAUAAAACUCCUAGGCUCUCAAUUAGAUGAAAUGACUGACAAUCAUAAUAAAGUGUAUAAUGAAUUAAUCCAAACUAAAUUGCAAAUAGAAACUCAUUCCUCUUAAUAAACAUAAACCACUCAAAAGAUUAAAAUUGGAAUCCAAGAAGGCCAAUCUGUUGUAGCACAUCUGUUAUCGAUGAAAAAUACAAUGUUCUCUAAAUUGCAAAAGAAAACCUCAAUUCAAUUCGAAAAAGUUGAAUAACUCAGAGAGGAUGAAGAAUAUUUUAAGUAAGGAUUAUCAAAAACCGAUAUUGAUUAGUUGAAUUCAACAUUUCAAUACUAAAAUAUGUUGAAACUGUAAUCUAGGGCCAUGAUACCGAUUAACACAGAAGAUAAGGAUGUUCAAACCGAUUCCUCUUUUUCAUUUCUAUUCGAUCAUAUUGAAGAUUUAUUCAAUCAUAGAUAGAGUGAUUAAGGUCCCAAAAUUUAGAUCUCAAAAAAUGAGAUUACUCAGAAUUACAAAGAAUAAUUAAUAGAGCUAUUAUAAUUCUGCAAUAGCAAUUAAUCCGAGUCUGAUGGUGAAAUAAAAAAGAAAUUUAUUGAAUAAAUGCUUGAAUUGCAAGAACAAAAGGUAAAUGCAAAAUACUACGAGCAAACCUUAUAAGAAGCCACUUAAGAAUUUAUAGAACUGCUUAAAAAGAAAAAAUAGAAAAUCAAAAAACUUAAGAAGAGCCAAACACUCCUAUAAAAUCGCCUUAAUUCUAUGCAAAGUGAAAGUAGUCCUCCUAAAUAAGAUAUUCCAUAAGUUCUAGUUAACUCACCUGGUGUAAAAACUCCAUCAUUUAGAAACUCCUCGAUCUUCAAUCAAUAGGAUGCUCUAUAAGAAGACAUUAUUGAAAGUGACGAGAAAAGUGAAGAGGAUUCAAUAAUUCAAAAUAUUUAAUAGUAUAGUAAUUAGAACCAAAAUCAACAAAAUUUUGAUUUCGAUUAAUCAAACAUUUAACAUCUCAAUAUGAAUGAUGAGGAGUUUAAAUAAUUUUAGGAUAAUUCUGCUGAAGAAGAUUAUCUAAUUAAAUAAGUAGUAUAAGACAACUAAGAUCACAAUUAGAAUUAGGAGAAUAACAAUUUGAGUGUAGAAGUCAAAAAUAGUGAAUCAAAUCACUCCAAAGAUAUCAAGAAUUCUUAAAAUAAGAAUAAUUUAAACACUAGUGCCAGCAGAAAGAAUAGCAAAAGUAGUCAGAGUAAAUAAAGCAUAGAAGACCUGGAAUAACAACACUAAAAAUAAAAAAAUUUAUCUCCAAUUAAGAGUUAGAAGAAUAGAAAAUCCUUAUAAAUUAAAAGUUUAUCAGCUAUUAAGGAUUUAGAUGAUGAACCGAAAUAGUAAUAAUUAAAAAGAAAGCAUUCCAAAGUUGUCAAACAUACACAGUAAAAGUCUAGCAAUACUAUAAAUACUCUUGAUUAAUCAAGUGAUGUUAAUGAGAGUGAAAAUCUAUCUUUAGUUUCUAGUGAUGAUUUAUCGGAUAAAGCAAAAGAAGAAGAUAUUAAGAAAAUCGAAAAAAUUAGAAGUCUUGUACAAUAAUAUGGAGGAGCUAAUAUUUAGAAAAGAAGAUUCACUAAACCAGUUGCAAUCAAAUUAUCUUUGUUGUCUGAUUUAAAAAAAGAAAAAAGAGUCAAAAGAAUCUAUAGUCAAAAUACAGAUGCUGCAAAUUCAUUGUUACAUGAGGUUAUGAAUGUUAAAAUGAAAAAACAAAAAGACUCAAUCAUACCUAUUUCAUCAAUUAUCAAAAUUUUUAAUACUAUCUUAGCUGAUACUGCAAAAAAUCAAGAAGGAUAUAAAAUUCCAUUGCAUGUUAGUAUAUAUGACUUUUUCUUAAAAAAGUACGGAUUUAAAAAUGUGGCUGAAAAAAAAAUUAAAUAGUUACUUUAAUUUAUCUUUCAUAAGAAAAAUUAAUACCCAAAAUUAUGUUUGAUCUCUAGAUUAUGCUAUAUGGAUGAUGAAAUGGACGAAGCCGUAUAUAAAUUAAUUGUGGAAUCAAUUAAAUACUUUCAUAAUAAAGAAAUAUAAUUAAAUAAACCUGAAAUAAAUUUAACAUAUGAAUAGCUCAUUGAAUAUUGCAAUGAUUUUCUUUAAUAGCUUCUUGGUUAAAGCUAUAUCUCUUAACUCUUGUAAUAAUUGAAACAAACUAAUAAUAAAUCAAUUGUUUUUGAAAAUGUAAUGAUCUAGGUAAUGAAUCUCUAUUUUUAAAAAAAAAGAUAAUGUGAAGAUAGUUUGAAAUUAAUAUUUUAGGCCGCAGAUUUGGAUGGAAAUAAUCUUAUUGAAUUCUCAGAAUUCAAAAAUUUGUACAAAGCAAUCCAUAACAACAUAUACGACAAAAAUACUGCAUUAGAACAAUUCAUUAGUUAUGCUGAUUACAUUGAAGAGUUAUCCAAAAAUAAAAUGAUAACUCUGCCUAGAUUUGCAGAAAUGGCCAUUGAACUUAAUUUGUUUUCUAAGGAAUAAAUAAAUUAAUACAGCAAAGGAUUCGAAACUCUAUUAUAAGAAUGGGAAGAACAAAAAAAUUUUAUCAAGUAUCGAUAUUUGAAGGCUGAAAAGUUUCCAAAAGUUAAAUUCACUUUUAAUUUAUUAACUGAAUAAAUUAAUUUACUGAAAAAAAAAUAAAAAACAACUCAUGAUCCUUAAACACUUUGGGUAAGUUACAAAUUACUGCAAGAGAAAUCACAAAGAGUUGUAUUAAACCAUGAAGCCAGAGAAUGUUACUUUGAUUUAGUCCCUCACGAGUUUUGGAUAGUAUAACAAGGAUACAGAGCAAUAGAAGAACUAUGCAUUUGA